UUUUACAGAUUUAUAAAAAUAUUUAAUACAGAAUUCAAUUACUCAGUUAUGAUAUUUUUUUCUAUGAUUAUAAGUACAGAAAAUCCAAGACGUUAUUCGAUAAUUAAGCAUUCUUUCCUGUAAAUGUGUGGUGGCUUAGUAUUUCAUAUUUUUAUUACUCUUCUGUCAUUUCAAAGACAUAUUCGAUGCAAUAUAGCACACGCUUGAAAAUAUAUGCGCAAAUAAUAAGACUUUGCAUACGCCGCGUCUAUUAGACGGAAGUUGCCAAUUAAAAAGGUAGGAGGAAGAUCUUAAGGAGCCGACGAUAGAUCGUCGAGAAGCCGAAUUGUUUCAUUGAUGAGCGAGCAUUCAGGUCGAGGCGGACGGGAAACAAGAAGUGGAGGGAGACGUGGGUACAUUAGAUGUUACGGCGUUUACGCUCGCAACCCUCUUUCGGACCGUGCCAGUCGAUGAAUGGUAUAAUCAGCGGUCGCGUGGCACCCCCGUGCUCGACAGAGGCCGUCGGGGAGAGUAAGACGAGAAAUGAAAACCCCUCCCAUACCACUCACUAUCCCCCUGUUCGCCCGUGAUGUUGGAAUCGCGAAAAAUCACUUAGCUCGCCUUGUCGUGCUUUGUGCUACACAAGUAUUCUUUUCAAUUCUUCUGCACGCUGAAUUUUAUUGCAAUUUAAUUGUGGAAUUUAAUGCAAAAUAAAAUAAAUAAUUAUAUAAUAUAAAUGUGAAAAUCCAAAAAGCAGAAUCCACAAGAAGAAAGUAGCAAUGUAUAAUUGAACGAAAUUUGAAGCCAAAUUGAUAUUAAUCAAAUAGAAAACUAAUAAUUAGUUUUAUAAUUGCGAUCGGUCGUUUUUCCUGAGUGUCUAUUGAUCGUACAACAUCAGGUUCGAUUAAGGAGACGAUAUUACAUCUCAUUUCAGAAAAAUAUUCAGAAGAUCCGGAAGUUCGCUGAAUGAUAUGGCCAUGUCAAGGAAAGAUUCCUUAAUUAUUUUGUACAGUACAGUGAGUACGGGGUUCCGUGUCGUUUGGUGUUGAAUUGCCCGAAAAAAAAAGACACCGUCACACCCCUCGCACUGUCGGCGAUGUGCGAUAAAAGGCGCGUUCACGCCCCUUGAAUGACAGAAUGUAUGACGAAGAGACGGCGGCCGAUAAAGGGCCCCCGAAACGACAGUCGAUCGCUGUAUCUCGCUCAUUGACGGACACCGUUGGAGAGCGAAUUUAUUGUGCGGUUAAUAAUAGGCCCCCGCGUGACAGCCGAUCGCGUCCGUUUAUCUGCUCCGGAGUAGAUGAUCCUUCAUUAUACUACCCCGAGAUAUACGAUGUUUGUUCUUUGUCACGCCGGAUUAACUACAAACCGAAGCGUGUAAUUUAAAAGGGAUCUGCAGGUCGUACCGGAAAUUCCAAUCUCUCGUAAAUUGGUGGAAAUACCUUAGCAUAUGGUGACAUCAAUUUGUCAUGAGUUGUUCGUAAUUAGUCAUGUCAUUAAUAAUCAAAAUAUAACGUCAAUGGAAGGAGAAAUAACGUGAAAACGUCAUGUCGGGAUAUUUAAAUUCUGAAAGAAUGUAUUUCGAUUCAAUGUUACAAAAUAAAAUAAAUUUUAUUGAUUAACAUCACAUUUCAAAUUUCCAAGGGCCAUCACUAACAUCGCUUAACUUCUGCAAUAAUACGAGGAUAUUAUAUUUCAUAAUGAUCCAUAAAUGCUUGAUGUUAAUAAAUACAUAUUCAUAUAGAAAAUUAAUUCAAUAGUUAUAAAAAGAUUUAAAAAAUUUAUAAACGUAUAGUAUUGAAGUUUUUACUGAUGUUUACAUAUAUGAAAUAACUUUUCUAUUACACAUUUGAAUAUAAUAUAUAUUAAAUGUAUAUAUUGAUAAAAUAUAGCUAGUGUCCUGUACCUUUUAUAUUUAAUUACAUAUACAAACUAUGCACUGAUAUAUUUAUACCAUGUAAAUUACAUUGCUAUAUAUUUAAGACGAUAUACAGUAAUAAUGAAGUGUAAUUGAGACAUUAAAAAAUACAUUGCGAAUAAUUUGACGUGUCGACAGUCAUUAAAAUGUUUGUAUGAUUAAUACGUCAUCAUACUUGCUAGGGAAUUAUCUUUCCAAAAUAAACAUCUUCUUAGAAUGAAUUGAUAUUAUUUGUUGUCAAUUAAACUUCAAAAUAUCGUCAAAGAUGUUAUUUUCAAAAUAACAACAAAUAACAUCAGCUGCUACCUGAACUUAACUUUCCCUUAACUUAAAAUUAACUUAACUUAUAUUUAGCUUUCUCUUAACUCAAUCUUAAAAAUAAUAUUUAUUUGUUUGCAUAUAAUAAUAUGUUUUAUUUUAACUUUAGAAACCAUAUUUUUCUCUUCUUUCAACAUAAAAAUAUAUUUUCGUAUAAAGGAUAUCUUCUAAAAAUCAUGAUAUUUUUUAUUUUUGUAUUGAAAAUAAUUUACCGAAAUUAAAGAAAAUACGUAAAAUUUGUAUCUUCAAAUGUAUAUCUUAUCUUUUAAGAAGUUACAUCCUACACGUCCAUGCAAUUUUUCACUCUGCAUUCGCAUUAUAUUUUCGUAUACAUAUGUGGAGCAAAAUAUUAUAAUAUGUACAUAUAGUAUAUCUUGCUUUACGUGUGUACGAAAAUACAUUUCAUACGUUUUAAAAAUGUAACUCAUUUCUUUGAUUCUUUCGCUGAAAUGUACAACCCGAUCUUCCGCGGCGUGACACAGAUUCGUUUUUCUGCGGCAGAUGAAUAUUCCUGCGCCUUCCGGAAAUUCAAUGGCGACGGCGCAGUCCCUUCUUUAUGGCGACCGAGAGAUGUUGUCGCCCGUACACCAGCCCCCUUGUCUCGUUUUAUGCCUUCUCUCUUUAUCGCCUUAUCACGAAAGACGUCUUCCAAUCCCUCUCCCCUCUCCGCAACUCCCUCGUUGCGGCUUCUUUCUCUUUCUCGCUUCGUGACAAGACAUUGCCGUGACCGUGAUAACAUUUAUUAUAAGACCUGGCUUUCUGUGCUCGCCUUCCAUACUCGUGUAUCUCUCUGCAGCGGACAAAGCGAGAAAAGGAAAUUCUUCCCUGCCUGAUGACGAAAGUCGGCGACUGAACGACGAACGCAUCAGCGGCAUCAUUUGUACCUUUUGUUCAACUCGACAUUCCUCGAGCUCCUUUUUUUUCUCUGGAUUUUAUUGUCAGAAUACAAAACGCUAGGCUAUAUUGAUAUUCACUUAUCUCUGUAUAGCAGUUACACAAAUAACAAAUGCGACCUCUGAUAGGCCGGGCUCUUACUUCGUAUAUUUACUUAUUAUAUCUGUUUUGCUUUUAUUAAAAGUUUCUCGAGAUAUUUAAUUACCUAUACUUUUUCAUGAUCAGGUCUUUUAGCUGCUGCUCUAGUGCAACAAAUUAAAAAAAUAUUUGUCUUUGAUUUAUUACACCACAUUAUAUAUCAUUCUCUUCCUUUUCUGAUGAAACAAAAAGCCAAAGUAGAUAUAACUAAAUGUUUUAUUGAUUACAAGGAAGAUUCGGAAACAUAGAAUUCCAUAAAUAUUGAGAAAAAAUUCAGACUCUUUAAAGUGCCACGAUUACAUAUCGUCCGCCGCUUCGCCGAAGAGUCCUCUCACUUCUUUCAUUCGCCAUUGUCUUCCUAAGUAUCAAUGGACCGCGGAUGCACCUGGGUGACCACCGACGGAAGGCGGAGAGGUCGAAAAGGCGACUGCGGCGACAGCAGCGGCGCGAUAAUCCACGACAAACGCACCCACACCCCGCCGUCGUUGCUCCGUGAGCGUGCGAGAGAACAGAAAGAGGGAAAGAAACGGAGAAGAUAGAGUCUUCUCUCCACCUGUUGCGCGAACCCGCGUAUCCGCUCUGGACCGCCAUGCCGACGCGGCGGCCAAUCGCGACCGCCCAUUGGCUGCGUUAAAUAGUGGGGGCCGCGCCGCCGCGUCCGAUUGGCCCAUCGUCUUAUUUUACCCCACGUCCCACGGGAGCCGAGCCGCACCGGCGAAACCUCCGUCCCGCGGGUUCGCCCCAGAUGCUACGUGCUUCGCGAUGUUCCUGAGGGAACCCCCGCGAUUCUGUCAGUGCACCAAAAGGACUCGUGUCCGUCAGAUCAAGCCUCGCUCGAUAAAAGAAAUUACGUCAUAGAACUGUCCUAGAAGAAUUGCUGAAGUAAUAACUGUAUCGUGAAAGAAGAAGAAGAUCCUCUCAGUUGAAAAAGCCUCCGUUGAUAGAUUAGUUUAGUUUAUCGUGAAAUUGUUCAAGGACAUAUCAAGAAGCUACAGCUAUCCUUCAAACAAAUCCAGUGAUCAAUACACGAUUGCAUAAUCUUAGACGAUUAAAAGAUUCGAAAUGUCAUUCCGGUAUAAUUAAUGAUCUAAGACGUCUAUGUUUUUAGAAAUAAUUUUUAUUUCUAAAAAAAUGUACUAUUUCUUUCAGAAAUAUUUAUCUCUCAGAUGAAGAAAUUUUGUCGCUUAAAGAUUUUAAAUAGAUCACCGUUUAUGAGCGUUGUAUAAAUUUAUUUGUUAAUUAAAACGGUUUUCUUACGAUAUUAUUUAAUAUUUAAAUAAACUAGAAUCACCUGGAGGAAGUUUAGAAAUAAUCGUCGAAGAAUGUCUCAGUUGUCAACAUCAUUUUGGUGCAGUGAAGGUGAAUCUAUUUGAAAAAUUUGACAAAUGAUCUAAUUGAUUGACAAAGUCAGUUAACGAUACGUCAUGCUCAACAUUCUAUCAAAGAAAACUAUGGAAGGAGUUUUAUUUAAGAAAGAUUAGUAGAACCUUCCUGCAGCCCUCAACAAUAAAAAAUAUACACACACAUUUUAAAAAAUUAACAAUAUUUUUAAAAAAAUUUUGGACCUUCGGAAAUACGUUAACAGGAUGUUCGAAAGAUUAUCUCAUCCACUUGAGAUAAAAGCAAUCUAUAAAUCUUUUAAUCCAGAAAUCUCGUCUACUCGUGAAGAAAGUGAUUAGAUUAAAUCGAGACAUAAGAGAACGUCUUAUGGAGAUGUCGUCUAAGACCCUGCAUAACGAGCAUAUUAAACGGCCCAUGAAUGCCUUUAUGGUGUGGUCGCGUGGUCAACGUCGCAAAAUGGCACAAGAAAAUCCAAAAAUGCACAAUUCGGAGAUCUCAAAGAGGCUCGGCGCCGAGUGGAAGCUCCUGAGCGAGAGCGAAAAGCGCCCUUUUAUUGACGAGGCAAAAAGAUUAAGAGCUCUUCACAUGAAAGAGCACCCCGAUUACAAGUACCGACCACGCCGGAAACCAAAGUCCCUGGUGAAGAAGGAGAACAAGUUCGGCUUCUCGAUAUCGCCGCUGAUAUCGCCUGGCGACAGCCUGAGCAAUCUACCGCGCGGUCUUCUGCCACCGUUGACGCCGCCGACGCAUCAUCCAUUGAUGUCGCACGAGGACCUGAAGAUCCCGCGGUUCUUCCCGCCGUUCGCCUAUCCACUCUAUCCACUGCAGCACAAGCUAAGUGACGACUUCAACGGCGGCAAGCUGGCCGCUGAUUUGGCUUUACAAGCUCUCUACACUGGCAGCCCCUUUUAUCCGAGCCACCAAGCAAUGUCCUGGCCGACAAGCCUGUCGGCAUCUGCUUGUCUACAAUCUAAUUGUAGUUGCCCAAGUCCGCCUAAGGAGCCCAAGAGGCCGUUUCCGCCGACCAAAAUGGAUGAUCCGCCCUUCCCGAGCCCGGCAAGAGCCGACGAUGACGCUGUCGUCGCGGAACGGGAGGAAUCCCGAUACCGAAAGCUUGAAAUGGACUUUGCCACCAGCCUAGAGAAUCAUCAUCAUCAUCAUCAUCAUCAACAGCAGCAGCACCAUCACCCACAUCAUCAGGAGGACCGUUCCCAGGAUCGUUUCUCCUCAUCUUCAUCCUCGUCGCCGCCCACGGAACAGUUGGAGAGAUCGUCGACGACGACGACAACUACGACAUCAUCCUCGUCAUCCUCAACAUCGAGCGCAUUCUCCGUGCAGAAUCUAACGUCGUCCUCCAACAUCUCGAAUUCAAGUUCGCAGCGCGCACACGUCAUAUGAAGGCCGCUUCCGGUUCUCCCGGACUUAAACUUCCGGGGGAGCCUGAUGCCGACCGCGUGGCCAACUGCCGAUUGGUGGCGAGUAGCCCCGAUGCUCUCCCCGAUCCCUCAAACGACGGUCGUGAACCUCAGCACCGGUAUCAUCAAGGAAGACGCUGUCCACUUCCAGGACGAGCAACAAAGGAAUUCGGCAACCGUGUCUAGGUCGCCCAGAAACGGCGUGCACAUCGCUAACGUGCAGUGAUCUAAUUGUAACAAUCGGACGAAUAUUUCGGUAUUUCGCAGUCGGAAGUGAGUCAGUGCUAACGUGCAGUUUGGACAGAUCGACGUUGAGCGCGAGGACGCUCUCUCUCUCCUUUUAACGUGGACUCGUUUUGCAGUUUGACGAUCUUUUUCAGAGUAACGUAAUCCGCUACUGUGGCGAAAAACGAUGCGUAUGGGUGAAGUGCCCGCCCGAAAAAUAUAUCGGAAUCGAAGAGUAGGCCGUAUUGGAGAAAUGGCUUUGCGACCGUAACCGGAGAGCCGGCUAACAGAAACAGAAAUCGAUAACUCGGCUAUACGGCCCCGAAAUCCCACAAAGGGCGGGCGCGCAAAGGGUCCUCCCGACCGGAUCGUGCACGCGAAGCUGGAUGCUAGAGGAGUCCAAUUCUGAUGAGAUAACCAACCCUCUCACUUGCCACAUAUUAUAGGGCGGGCGGGCGGGCGCGCACGGGGGUGGACACGUUGGGGAAGGGAGGAAAAAAAGCUCCGCUCUUCUGGCGGAGGCAAAUCUCUUCUUUGGAACGCGGCCGUGCGAAAUAAGCCUGAAACGUUCUGAAUGCUAACGUAGAGACGCGUACGAACCCCGACGACGCGGUUUCGUUGUAUCUCGCGACGUCGCGCCGCACCGCGCUACGCCAGCUUUCGCCGACGAAAGCGGCGAAACCAUCGAUACGGCGAAAUGGAAGACGCGUGGCUGACUCUACGAACACUAGUCGACGCGAAUCCUUUUUCUAAUAUUACCAUGGGAAAAGCCAGAAGGAUAUUUCCGAAGGUUGCCAGGGUUACAUUACGUUCUGUCUUGCUAAAGAUUGAUUUCCGUCAAUUCGUUGUCCGGAUAACGAACGGGAUUAAGUUGUUAAUUUUUCUCCAACCUCUCCGCGGAGAUUUACAACGUUGUAACACGUAUGUUUAUUAAUAUUUUAGUAAUUUGAAUUAUUGUGAUUUUAAUUUAUUGUGAUUAAAAAGCUUCUCUCUCCUAUUCGGCGCUCUCUAAAUCUCAUAACGCGAAAUGUCAUUCUAAAGAGUGAAAAUUGAGCUUGCGCAAUGUUCGACGAUUUGUUACACUAAUAGAAAUGAAAAUUCACUCCUACAGCAGCGAAUAGAAUUCCUAUAGGAGAUCAUUUGGACCUUUACUUAAUCUCUUUAAAGUGACAUUUCAUUUUACUAAUUUUAGAGAGUGAGGAAAUCUAAUUUGAAGAAUGAAUGGAAUGAAAAGUAUGACAUUUUGAUCAUUAAAUAUGUAUUUAUUGAUGUACAUAAUUUUUUACAUCUAAAAAAAUGUGAAUUAGAAAAUGAAACAAAGACACAUUUUUUAUAUCUUCCAUAACAUUUUCACAAAUAAAUCCCUAUUUUGAGCAGUGUUUCUAAGGGCUUGAUUUAAGAGAGAGAAACACGAAAUAUUCAAAUAUUUUUCUAUAUAUAUAUAUAUAAUUGUACAAUUUAUACAUAUAUAUAUUGUACAAUCGGUGUACGCGCGGUGAAGAUAAGUUUUCCAUUCCAUCCAUUCUCAGAAUGAUUUCACCGAACCAUCGGACCGGAUAAGUCCCUUAAUUUGUAACACCAGACGCGCAUGUUUUGUACAAUCUCGUUUUUUGUUAUAUGUGUAACGAUUAUUGUUGACUUGUUAAGGCGAGUUGUAAUUAUCGCUCGUUCGUCGAGAGUAAUCCGCCAACUUCUCUUCCUCGUAGAAAUUUCCGCUAAGUAUUUCUAACGACCGUAGCGAGCACUGAUGCGAGUUCAUUAGCGUGUACCCUAACGGGAGUAAGAUGCAAGUAAACAUAAAACGUAUCUAACGCAUAGAAAAACUUAUCCUCUCUUCCUCUCAUUCUCUCUCUCUCUCUCUCUCUCUCUCUCUCUCUCUCUCUCUCUCUCUCUCUCUCUCUCUCUCUCUCUCUCUCUCUCUCUCUCUCUCUCUCUCUUCCUCUUUUUCUCUUUUUCGCAAUAAUCACGCGACGCAUUUCGCGGACACAUAGCGACGCUUCGAUUAACUCGAUUAAUUCGGAACAAGAGUAACGCGGAUGCGCCACGUUAAUCCCCGCCUCGACGAUUACGAUACCAUUGUUAAUUACUUCUGUAAUAUAAUGCAACGCGUUUGUAAAUAAAUCUCGAUCCGAAUUAA